GACACAAUCAGGAAUUAAAUCACAUGUUUAGGAGACACACCGACACCGACCCAAUGGCAGUGGACAGCAGUAAUAGUUCUCCUCCCACCCAUUCAACAGUUGGUGCUUUGCGGCCCGUUCUCUUUGUGUUCUACACACUGGAGAAUGUGUUCAACAUGUUCUGCAUGGCCUAUCACAUCUCAGGCUUCAUGGCCGUCAAUCUGGAGAUUUUCUCGUGGGAGAAGCAAAUGUUGCAGUACUGCUACAUGGUCUCCUUCUACGUCUUCAUGGUGCUGACCCUCUUUCAGAGCAUCAGCGUCUGCACGGGCCACACGCCCACUGUCUGCAUGGAGAUAAUCAAGUCCACGGCUGCGGCCAGCGCCUUUACCCUGAUCUCUAUUACCACCAUGUGGGAUGCCGAGCACGAUUUCCAUCUCAUGUUUUCGGGCGAGGAGCCGUCCGAGGGGGAGUACCAGGUGGACAAGCCCGUUCAUCCUUUCUGCCACUACAUGCGCAGCCAGGCCAUUGCCUCGCUCACCUGCGGCAUCCUCUACAUGCUGCAUGCCGCAUUGAUGAUCGACGUAAAGAUCACCGCGUACUACAACGGCAAGAGCGGCGAUGGCGAGUACAUGCCCAUUCCACUGUAUGUCUUUGGCCGCUGGACCCACGGCAUGCUGGAGAAAUUUCCGUGGUUCUUGGAGUUUUGCGAUAACAAGCAAAUGGAUAUAUAGCCACAGAUUCUUGUG